AUGGAUCACAACUACAAUCGAGAGGAUACGGAUUUCGACAUGACUUCGGGCUUUAAUAAGCAGUACGUUCCGAUGGAUCCCAGUCUCGAGAACAUGUUCGCGCCAUCCACUCCCAAGCAUAUGCAUAAGAGCUCAACUCCGCACUACGACUUUCAGGGUCAUGGCCCGAGUGCCUACGAGAUGUUCAUGCCUGAUAUGAUGCCGUCUGAGGCCUAUCGUGCAGGCUACCAAGGACUGAUGGCACCUGAUAGCACAGCAGCCCAUAUCGAAUCGAAUGGAGACCAGUUCCAUGGCGCUUUCGAAGAACCGAACGAGCAUGCCACGAACAUUCACCAAUAUGACUCCCAGUCGACUGCAACUAACGCUACGCGUAUGCAAUACGCCGAGGCCUUCGCUUUUGCCUUGCUCACACACUAUUACCCUGCAUCGCAAGGCUACACUGUGGUGCCGACUUCCCCCGGACUCAUUGCAAAGAAUGGGAUAAACUUUAUCUUAGCUGCUAACGACAAGUCGGACAUCUGGAAGGAUCUGCGCAAGAAGAAGGCCAAUAGCACUAAUAAGGCUAAUCGGCGACGAGCGCCGACCAAAAAGGAGCUUGAGAGGGCCGAAAAGGAGGAGCAAGUUGCCAAGGUAGCAGAGUACAACCACGAGUUUGCAUACAUGGCCAACCUGCAAUGGGACUAUAUCUCGCCUCAGGACAUCGCUGUUUUUGUGGUCACAUGCGAGACAGAAAUAAGAAAUGAGAAGACUGGAGUGGUUAUAUGCGAACAGCACCCGCACACCUACUUCGCCAUUAUGAUCGACAACUUCGAUGAAGUCCCACGUUUCUCGACGGAAAACACCGUUCACCGCAGUGACAUUCUCACUGACGCGCUAUGCCGAGGUGGCAAGGUUCAAAACGGUUACGGUAUGCUCCUAUAUGGACCCCGGCUUGAGUUUUACGCCUUUGAUCGUGGAGACGAGUGGUAUUACUCUGUCAGUGAUGAGGAGAAUGGGCAGGAACCUCAAGACAUUGAACCUAAGAUGGAGGUUCUGCAGUCUGGCAGCCAGGACAUGCAGUUCGAUCUGCGCACUAUGGGUUUGGACACCGUUGGUGCAGCUUUCAGAGACGUUGCUGUUAGGGAGGUAGUUUAUAUGGUUGAACCAGAGGUUGUUGCGGAUGAGAACCCAGAUUCGGUAGACGGCGGUGAGGAUAUGGAGGAGCAGUACGCACAUUACAGUACCUUUGAAAGCGAGAAGUGA